CCGGACUCGAGCCUGCGAAGGAGGAGAAAGUCUUGGAGCAGCCGGUGAAGAAGCUGGAGAAAUGCCCCGAGACGUCCCCCCUGCUGGGUUGAUGAUGCUGUGACAGCAUGAGUCGUGGCAGAGAAAAGCAGCACACUGGACAUCGUGUCUUCCUUUCCUGUCAAAAAUUACAGUUAGGGUAUCUUUAUCUACUAAACUUAGCUCAUACUGGUUGUUAUUAUUUAUGUGUGGCUCAUCCCUCUGCUGUGGAGAAGAGGCGCGAGAACAGUUACUCAAAGAGACGCCUUCACGUGCUCAUCUUGUCCAACAAACAGUCCAGACCUCUGCGAUAUUAAAUAAAUGAAAACGGCAGUUGAAGAGUUUCACUCAGGAAUGUGGCCGCCUUAAAGCCACAUUCCUGUACUCUUUAUUGCCUGUUGCACAGUCGAGUUACAGAUCACUUCCUGUUCCCACUUUAUGGGAUUAGAGAGCACCUACUUUCAGUGAUGCUGGCAGAAAUGAAACUUACAGGUUUUAAAAGUAUGAUCUAAAUAUGAAGCUCAAGCUUCAGGAUCUGCUCCAGUAUCAGGAUAAGUGAACAGACAAGGCUUUGCAAUUUAGCUGAGAUCUUUAGACUUGAUCAGGUGUGUCGAGUUUGGAAAACGUAAAGGAGUGCAUAGACUCCUUACCUGUAUUUUCAUAGGUUUUACAGCUUUUUAUAUUGAUAAAAGACCCCUCCCUGCAAUGGUAAUAGAUACACAAAGAAAAAAAAAGGGUCAGCUUCUGGUAUAGAAAUUACUUUUUCUUUUUUUUCCCGUUUUACAGCGAGUUCAAGGAAGGCUUAGGAGUUUCUGAGGAGGUAGAGCAGAGGAAACCAGAUGGUGUCUGUUCACAUCUGAGCUGAGGUCUCGACUCCUGAGGCUUCCUUAUACACACACACACACACGCGCAAACACACACACCUCAUGUCAAAGUUGGGAUUUAUAAGAUAAAAAACGCUUACAGAUCCCCUUUAUCGGAAACAUUCAGACCAGCUGGCUCUCGAGUGCGUCUCUCCUCCCACCGACACGCUCCAUCUCCUCCGUGUUGGACUGCAGCUUGGAGUCCUCGUCUUGUUCUGCAACCUCUGUGGUUUUGGCACAGCACCACCCAUGAACCAGUUCUCCAUCCUGCUGCAGGUUUUAGUUAGAGAGUAGUAAUAAGAUGGCAUUAGUUCAAAAUGGCGGCCAACCAAACCGGUUUGACAACUGGUUUGACAUCCGGUUUGACAACCGGUUUUGUGCGUGUGCGCAUGCGCGUUCAGGUGUGCUGGGGGUAUGCGAGUUCAUGUGUGGAAACACACAGGGUGUCAGAGAGGUUAUAUGAGUUCAUGUGUUUUUAACUUAUUUUAAACAAACCAUAGGGUUUUUAAUUAAACUAUUUUUAUCGCUUUGGCGUGUCUCAAUAUUCAGUUAUGCAGACAUAUGUGUUCUUAAAAGCAAUUCUUUGUUUUUGCGUGUAGGGGCGGAAGCUGUUUUGCUUCACAGUGCUCCUUAACAAAGCCCGAAUGCUUUUUAUUUACAUCUAGUCAAAAGUGUUGGUAAUAGUGUUUUAAUCACACUAAUUUUGUGAUUCCAACAAUGUCUCAGCAGGCGGUGAUCCAAGCAUUUUAUUUUAAAAACGGCUCAAAUGGGAAUUUCUGCUGAGUGGGUAAUGUCACCAUGUUCACAAGCGUUUCAUUUAAUCAAACCACUAGUUUUUAAUCUAACUAGUUUUACGCAUCUACUGGGGUUUCUUUCACUGGGUGAUGCGAUCAUUUUAUUUAAAAAUCGGGAUUUCGGAAUGUUGAUCCAAGAGGGAGACAGAGGCUGCUAGUUUUUAACACAGUAAAUGGUCACAAAUAACAUUCAGACCCUUUAGAAAAUAAAAGCUAUUGGGCUACUUCUAAAACACGUUGCCUUUUCUCUCCAAAACAGCCAGUAUCGCUCUUUUCAAACUAACUGUGUUUUAAUCACACUCAUUUUGUGAUUCUGAUGUCACAGCAUGCAGCGAUGCAACCAUUUUAUUUAUUUAAAAACAGAUCAUUUUCUUCCGUAAGGAGUUUCAUGGUUUCACAGUAGUUUUUAACACAACAGAUGGUCGCAUCGGUUCCUUUCUUUUUGGAAACACCCAUCCUAUAUAAGACACACUCAGAGCCUGAAACCCUUAGCCAUUUACCCGUCAAGAUUCGCUGCGGAGCACACCAUUUUCUUUGAGAUCAUCAAAACUAACAUCGUUCUUUAUAACAUGGACAUCGUAAACGGAGUUCGGGAGAACGGCGCAGGACCCGUUUCUUUAGAAACGGGCGCUUUUACAGCUGGAACGAGUUCUCUAACAAGCACAAGGGUUAACAAACUGAGUAGGAAAACAUUCAGACACAGAGACCACAGAGCCCAACCUUACAACAGAGCCACGCCAGAGAACCGUGUGUGUGGAGAAGCAGGACCGUCCGGAAUAACGCACACUACAAGACUGCAGAACAGUACCCCUCCUCAUAAUGAUCAGGACACCGUACGAUCCCUGACGAUUUUGGAACGUUUAAGCAGUAUCGACCUCCCAGAACAACAAAAACCUGGAGCUUUGUACAACAGCGGAGAGUCAGAACCGAUCUUCAUCAGCGGACCUGCAACAUCCCCGAUGGGUCCCCUGCGGGUGGAGUUUAACUUUAGUGUGGACCUGGAGCUGGUAAAAAAGGAGAACCCCAACGUGCAGCCGGGCGGCCGCUUCAAACCCAAAGACUGCGAGGCGCUGCAGAAAGUGGCCAUCAUCAUCGCGUUCCGCUACCGAGAAGAGCACCUUAAGUACUGGCUGCACUACCUGCACCCGAUCCUGCAGAGGCAGCAGCUCGACUACGGGGUCUACGUCAUCAAACAGGAUGGCAAUGACACCUUCAACAAAUGCAGGCUGCUGAAUACUGGCUACGCAGAGGCCUUGAAGGAGUAUGAUUACAACUGCUUCGUCUUCAAUGAUGUCGACGUCAUCCCCAUGGACGACCGCAACACCUACAAGUGCUUCAGCCAGCCUCGGCACCUGGCUGUGUCCUUGGACAAGUUCAACUUCAGGUUACCGUACGUUCAGUGUUUUGGAGGCGCCACCUCGUUGAGUAAAGAGCAAUACUUGAAGAUCAACGGCUUUCCCAACAACUAUUGGGGCUGGGGAGGAGAGGACGACGACAUCUACAACAGGGUGGUGACUAGUGGAAUGUCCAUCUCCAGACCCAACAGUGAAAUCGGGAAGUGCCGCAUGAUCCGACACAACAGAGACAAGUUGAAUGAUCCAAACCCACAGAGGUUUAACCUGCUUUCUCACACUCAAGAGACCAUGUACAAAGACGGCAUAAACUCUCUGAAGACCCAGGUGUUGAGCAUCCAGAAGCUUGACCUUUUCACUAUGAUCACUGUGGAUGUGGGAAAGCAAUGAAGGAUCUGUGGCACCGGGACCGGGCUGAAAUUCACACCGUGCCUCUGACACUUGAAGCUUUAAGUUCUGGUUCUGCUCCAGAACUACUGGACUGUUUCCGUGAUUCUUUUUUUUUUUCUAAAGUUUUUUUUGGUUUUUGGGUUUUUGCACAAACAGACUCAUGGUUUGUGAAGUUUUUUUCGGGGCCUUAAGGACUCAUUUCUGAUUGGUCAGCUGGAACUAAUCAGCUCCCACCAUCUGUGCGUCAGAUGCUGCUGCUGGGAUAUUUCCUAAACAAGACUUUUGUUUUGAAAAUCAGACAAUCAGAGCGGCCCUCAGGGUCAUGUGGUCUGGGCUUUACUGCUGGAGGAUUAGGGGUUAUUGAGUGUGUGUUUGACCUUUUUUAAAAAUCAGGUUUUCAAUCAGUGAUCAAUGUUUCUUUUCUUUUUACAGCCAAAGUUUAAUCCAAAAUGAAACAAGAGUCUGUUCAUCAAUAGAUUCUAUUACUAAUUAAUCAGCACUGAUUGAUUAUCUGCUUGUUUUGAUUCCAACAAAACAGAAAAAAGGAAAAGAAAAAUGAUGGAUUAUCGGUGAUGGUUGGUUUCUCUGUUGACUGAUUAGCUGUACUUCAUUUUGAUUGAUUGAUUGUAUCUCUAAGUGUCCUUAUUGGUACCAAAGACUUUACUGAUCCUGUGGAUGAGGUCAACUGACUGCUGGACGAGUUCGUCUGAUUAUUCAUGACACAUAUUGAUCCAGUGUGUGUCAUCUGUCCUGCAUGUUUGUUUGUGUCUGCAGACCAGUCUCCUCCUCACUCUGUGAACAAAUCAUCUGUAAAUGUGCCUUAAUGGUGGGACUGGUGGAGAAGCCAGUGUGUGAAUGUGUGUUUGUUUUUUUUGUUUUUUUCCCCAUUUAAUAUGCUAUGUUCUUCUUUGUGUCUUGUUUCACUUGGUGUUUGUGGUGUUGUCUCUGUGGGUCAUGCUGUGCUGUACAUAAUCAUUUCCAGGGUGGAGGUCAGCCCGACCCACAGAGACGAAACGUGAAUGGGAACACAGCAGGCUUGAAGAGAAAAAAAAAAGUGUAAUGAUCCUUUUGAAAGCACUAAAUUCAGAUUCCUAAAACCAGUUAAAUUAAUAAAUACCUGAAAUCAGAUUUCUGUCCUGCUGCAGUGAUGUUGGCUAUAAUAUGUUUCUGUAUGUGGACAUUAAAGAUGAUGUGUUGGGCUUUU